GCUUUCGCAACAGAAGCGAGCCGGUGCCGGCGCGGCGUCCGUCACGUGGCUAAAUAUAGGCGUCGAGGCUUCAGUCCGCCGGUCAAAUACGUGACACAGAGAGGCGCAGGUCCCGGGACAAAGGUCAGCGAACCGUGUGACUGCCGCCCGCCGGGGAGUUUCGCUUCUCCGUUAAGUUUCUCGGAAGCUGACUCACCGACUACAAAACCGAGACGCACCGGAUUACUGCGAUGUUCGGUACCCGGUGCUGAGGAGACCCUCCAUGGGUUGAACCCCCCUCAUGGUCUGAAGAUGAUCGGGUCUCCGGACCUGCUGGCCUUCACCGGCACUGAGGGGUUCGGGGAAGGGGAGGAGGACCGGGAGGCUCUACCGGAAGAAUUCUCGGUCCCCCGUUUACCUCCAUCCAACCCCUGGACCUCCUGCGCCCAGUUCCACAGGGACUUCAUCCUGGUGGCUGAAUUCUCAGAGCAGGUGGGACCCAAACCGGUCCUGACGAUACCGGACGUCCCCGGGGUCAUCGGGUCGUUUGACCUCAACCACUUCUCCGUUCGCAUCAUGUCGGUGGACUACCAGGCGUCCGGCCCCUGCCAGGCCCCUCCCACAUCCCCCGGGCCCCGCCUCAACUUCAGCGAGGACUCCAAAGUGGUCCUGGGAGACUCGGCGGAGGACGCGUUCGCGUACGUCCAACACGUGACCCUGUACGACCUCGAGGCCCGGGGCAUGGUGCGUCCCUUCUGCAUGGCCUACGUGUGUUCGGACCAGAGGAAGCUGAUGGAGAACUUCUCUGAGCUGUCGACGGGCUUCUCCAAGGCCUCCGAGAGCCUCAAGACGGGAAACAGGCAGGCGUUCUCCUCGGAGCUGCAGAGGAGAUUACAGGAGCUCGAGUACACGAGGUUGACUCUGCUGCAGGAGACGGAACCUCCGAUGGCGCCCAGCGGGUCCACGGGGGAGGAAGGGAAGGAAGACGAGCUCCACGCCGUAGAGCGUUCAAUCUCGCAUCACAGAGACCUCGUCCGCCAGGUCACUUCCUACCCAAACAGGAAGCUGAAACACCCUGACUUCCUGCCUUACGACCCCGCCGACUCCCUCGCCGAUCCGAUUGCGUCGCUGCCUCCUGAGCGCUGCCCCUCCCCCUCCCCCUCCUCCUCCUUCUCCUCCUGCUGCUCUGCCUCCUGCAGGUCUGAGCGCCGCCUGAAGCCUCUGGAGGAGCUCUGCCACGACUACUUCCUGACGCUGAUGAAGGAGCAGCUCGCCGACACGGAGCGCCGCCUGCGCGGCAACGGGAGCGCGCUGCGCACCGCUCGCGCCGCGCGCCCGCUGUCCAGAGGGAGCGCGCUCGUCAACUUCCUGUUCGACGCGUGCGGCCCGGAGGACGCCGACGAGGAGGAGGAGGAGGAGCGGGAGAGCGCCGAGGCGACGGCGGGUAAGAGCGGCGCCGAGGCGUUCCGGUCCGAGCCGAUGAGCCUGGAGUCGUUCUUCUCCUGCGUGGAGGAGAUCUCCAUCAAACUGGAGGCAGGAGAAGCCGGAGCGCUGACCCCUGACCCCGAGAUGACGGGGAGCAUGAGCAGCGGCGACAGCAUCGAAGUGCUCGGGACCGAGAAGUCCUACCGAACGCAGCAAGUCGGCGCCGGAUCUGACGGCACAGAAACGCCAGUUGCCAUGGCGGACGCCUGUUGCAGGCGAGCCGCGGCAGAUUCAGGCGCCAGAGGCGGGCGAGCGUACGCCAGGCGAGGCAACAGCGAGGACAGCAUCGAGGUGCUGAGCACCACCGAGUCCAUCUGCCCGGACGACCUCACCGCCAUCAUGGAGGAAGAGGCGGAGCUCCAGCCUCUGAGUAGCAGCGUUGAGGAGGAGGAGGAGGAGGAGGAGGAGGAGGAGGAGGAGGAGUCACGGGCCCAGUGUCGACGUGAGGAGAAGACAGCGGCUGCAGCGACCUCAGAGAACGAAGAAGACGACGGCCGUGUUGACGGAGAAGAGGCCGGAAAGCGGAUCGCCGUUAGUGGGGAGGUCCUCGUGAAGAAGAAGGGGAAGGCCGGUGAAGGGAUGAAGAGCAACCGGAUCGAUGAAGACCACCGAGACAUGUCCAAACGACUGCGAGUGGAGUCGGCGCCUCAUUGGUCCGUGCCGCCGCCCCGCCCCCCUCCCCCCGGCGCCGAGGCGGACCGCUGGUCUCCGCCCGGCGCUCCUCUCCGGCGGCUGAGCGUGGACGAGGGCUCCGACAGCACCAGCGUCGCCGGCUCCUCGGACCGGCUCUCCCUCGCCCGCCGUCAUCGGAGGAGGAGGAAGGCGGGACUCCGAGCGCUCAGGUUCCUCAAACAGAACUCGUUCUCCCAGCACGCCGUGUUCUGCCUCCUGAGCGGUCGGCCGCUGGUCGUCGUCGGGGACGGGGGUUUGGUCCGGAAGCUGGUGGAGGCGCUGAGCCUCUUCCUGCCCGCCGCCGGUCCCGACGGAGCCGCCGUGAUGACGCGCUUGACCUCGCCGCUCCAGCUGAGCGACCUGCUCACCUGGAGGCUGAUGGGCAUCCACAGGUGCUCCUCCGGCUCCUCGGCCGGCGUCGUCCACUCUCUGACCCGCUACAGUCGCUACUUGGCGCUGCUGGACCUGGACCAGAGGACGCUGCGCUGCCCGUCCUACUGCGGCUCUCUCGUGGGCCGGCUGGCCGACCCCCGCACCGGCAUCAGCCGCGGCCUCACCUACCUGCUGCACCUGGAGGGCGGCCUGACCGCGCUGGCCCAGCAGGCCCUGCUGCACACCUUCAGCCCGCGCGGCGACGGCGGCGUUGGCGGCGUUGGCGCAGAAGGAAAGGACGCCGCGACCACGACCACGCGAGCGCCUUGCAGCAGCGAGCACGAUUUGAGAGUGAUGCACUUCCUGUGCGACCUCAUCAAGCGGCGCCACGCCGGACGUGGACCGCCGGUUUUGAGGAUCUCGUACAACUCGAUGCAGCUGCACAGGAACACGUACGCAGCGUAGCACUGCACUCGCAUACUCAUAAAGGAGGUCGAGAAUAAUAAUAUUGACAACCAAAUGCAGUGAGCAAUCACGCGUGUAUGUUUUUAUCUGCAGCGUUGAAUGAUUUUUACAGUUUUAUAUUUGUAUGCCGUGGGUCACGUCUCUUUGGAUUACUGAACACAAAUGAUUCAAGGCAUCGCAACACAAUUUGGGAAAAAUGUAUGGCUCUAGUUUCUGGCUUAGUUUUCCCAUUAAUGCAUUUCAUUAAUCGGGACUACAGAUGAACAAUAGCCUCUUGGCUAACUGACACAUUUACAGAAAUGUGUUAUGAAUGUGCACUGUCCCUUAUAAACCAAAGUAAAAAACAAAACGAAAAUGAAAACAAUACAUGAAAUAUGAAAAUGCAAAAACAUAAAUGCGCUUGAUUCUCCUGAAACAGCAACACCGUGUUGUUUUUUGUUGCGCGAUGAUUUGAAUUCUUGAGCAGUAGCUCCUCCCACACACAACUCACACGCGUCAGCGUUUCCACGGUAACGGUUCCUUUAUGUGACGUCGCGGAGCGCAGAACCAGAGUUUGUAAUAGGAGGCAUAGACGGAUUAAGAAACCACGGGCCCCUGGGCCUGGACGUGUCAAGGCCCCCCCCCCCCCCCGUCCGCAAAAAAAAAAAAAAUACAAUAAAGGUUUAAAAAAAAAAAAACUUAUCGUGAACUUGCCUGUCUCCAGUUUACUAACUUUAAAUAUUCGAUAGUUGUAACUAGUGUUGUCAGUUUAACGGUGUUCAUUUUUUUAUCGCGAGUUUACCGCGAGAUUUUUUUUUUUAUAAACUGUUCAAAAUAGUUUUUUUAAGCUCAUGUAAGGAAUCUCACUUGUCCCAGUUAAGGCCUACCAGUAAAACCUAUUUAAAGGAGCAUACAGUGAAAUGUUAUGAUGUGUUAUGAUUGAGGGGCUCCAUUCAGACAGAUCAGGGGUGGAUAACAUCAUAAUGGGGUCUUCAUGAAGAACAACUUUACAGAAAUACAUAAACAGCGCAUUUGUGUGUGUUGGGGGUGCUUAGACAGAGCUCUACUGCUAUUGUUUUGCACUUGCUUUUUGGA